UUGAAACCUGCAUUCGCUCCUCGUGCGAUUUACAGGACUUUGUUCGUUGGCAAAGACAACGCGGAAAGGAAGCCUUAGUUGAAUCGAAUCAUUUGGCUUAUCUUACGUUCUGAUUGAUGGAAAACACACUCUUGUCCGCAGCCUUAUUAUCAAACUUACAUUGAUCGCAGAUUACUAUGAUUCCCCAACAAAGCAGACUUUUUUUGCUUCUCAUUUGUUGGAUCGCGGUGAAAGCAGAAAACCCUCCAACUAUUUCCAGUGUUACAAAAACUCCUUCAAGCUUUUAUGAAGGGAGCAGUGUAACACUUCAUUGUUCAGCUACAGGAGAUAUGCCCCUCAGCUACCAGUGGCUGGCAACAGAUUUUGAGGGCAAUGCUAAGGAUGUUUCAUCCGGUAGACAUAGUCAUCAACCAAGCACAGGUCAGCUUGUUAUAAACAGUCUCAAUCACACUCUAGACGAUGGCUACUACUAUUGUGUGGCAAGGAAUCCAGCUGGAAGAACAAGGUCUACACGAUUAAAAAUCCAAGUUUCAUUUCUAGAAAAAACACCAAAUGUUGAUACCACUGCUAGGCGCAGUGUGUUUCAAGGGGGUGAACUCACCUAUGAGUACCCCAUUGUACAAAGCUUUCCAAAGCCAACAAUUACAUGGACAAAAAGUGGCAGCUCUAUAUCUGAGACGCAACGUAUCAGUUUUUCUACUGAAGGAAACAUUUAUAUUGGAAACGUGGGAGUGAAUGAUGUAGGUACCUACUAUUCAAGAGUUGAGAAUGGAGGCCAGUCAUUUAGCAGAGGUCCGUUAACAGUCAGUGUGACAGCAAGUGGAAACAUACCUGAUACACCAUAUAUCAUUCUUGGCCCCACAAGUCAGAAGGCUACAGCGGGAGAGACAAACAGUGUCACGUUUGAGUGCUUUGCAAGUGGAAGUCCUAUGCCCACGAUAUCCUGGAGGAAGGCAGGGCAAGUGAUUACACAGAGUGCAAAAUUUUCUUUUAGUACAUACAAAAAGAGACUUACUGUUUACAAUCCAACUGUAUCUGAUGAAGGAGCCUAUGAAUGUCGAGUAACUAACAGCAGAAAUUUCUAUAAAAGCAAGAGUGCAAACUUGGCAAUAAUUGUUAAGCCCACGUUUACAGUUACUCCAACGAUGGCGGACAAGUAUCCCCAAGAAUCGGUGACUUUUAAAUGCAGUGCGACAGGCACUCCAACACCAAAGAUAACUUGGUUUCAUAACGGACAGAAGGUUCCCCAUUCGACCACGGGAAGGGUUCAGAUUAACAGUAAAAAUGACUUGACAUUCAUCAGUCUUCAAUCGGGUGACAAAGGCACCGUUCAGUGCGCGGCAACCAACGAUGCAGGCGAGAUACUAAGAAAAGCUUUGUUGGGUGUUAAAGAGUUACCUGUAUGGAUAGAUGUUCCACCAAAGAACACAGACGCAGUGGUCAAUGACACUGUGGAGUUAGAGUGUGUGGGCCGAGGAAAUCCAUCGCCAACAGUAACCUGGCAGAAAAAUGACCAGAACAUCAACUUCGCCAAUAAUCCUCGAUAUUUCCAGAAGGCCUCUGGCUCACUGCAGAUUAGCAGAAGCCAGAAGAGUGACAGUGGAAAAUACACAUGUGUAGCGACCAACAGCAUUGGCUCCAAGCGGGCUAACGCUUCCCUGAGAGUGUUAAUCAAAACUGUUAUCGUCAAUCCAUUGCCAAGUCAAAUAAACGCCAUCAAAGGAAUUGAGAAACUUCUUCCGUGCGGGGUCCAAAAAGACCCGGAUAUAUCAGUCAAGUGGAUUUGGACCAAAGAUGGAUCUGCAGUGGAUGUAUCCCGGAUGAAGGUGCAAAGCGAUGGAACGCUACGCAUAGUCAUUGCGCAACAGCAGGACGCUGGUUCGUACACGUGCUUGGUACAGUCUGAAGCGGGAAACGCCAGCACUACUGGACAGUUGAGCGUUCUCGAAAUACCAUUGGCACCCACCACCCCAGUGGUGAGUGACGUCAAAACGACCUCAGUUCGGUUAUCGUGGUUUCCACCGGGAUACAGUGGUAACAGCCCCAUCAUUUCUUACAAAAUCGAGGCCAAAAAGGGCUCCAAUAACUGGCAACUUGCCAGGGAUGACAUCAAUCCUUCUGAUAGACAGAUGUCAGUCGUUGUCCGUAAUCUGUCGCCCCAUACUCAGUACCAGUUCCGCGUGAGAGCUGUCAAUCAAGUCGGAGAGGGCGCACCUAGUGGGGCGUCUGGAGUUAUAAGGACACUGAUAUCAGCGCCUUCUGCGGCUCCACAAAGCGUCAGUGGAGCUCCAACAAGCGCUGAUUCUAUACUCGUGCAAUGGCAAAUUCCUCCUCCGGAAACACACAAUGGUCCGUUGCGUGGUUUCAAAAUCGCCUACCGUCUGGCUGGCGUUUCAGCAAGUAGCUUCAUUAUAAGAAAGAUUGAAAUUUCUUCUGCUACCCAAGGCAGCAUCGACGGACUGCUGCAGUGGACUGCCUACGAGAUUAAAGUGCGGGCUUACAAUGACGCAGGAGAUGGGGUGUACAGUCAACCAAUCACAGUCACCACAGCAGAAGGGCUGCCUACAGCUCCACCGUGGGAAGUCAAAGUGAUUAACAUUACCACAAUCAGCGUAUAUUUACAAUGGAAACCUCCACCGCAAAAGCAACAAAAUGGACGAAUAAAAGGAUACAAGCUCCAAGCGUGGAAGGGAAGCACACCCAGCAAUAUUUACCAACGGGUGACAGAUCAUGACGACACGGCCGCUACUCAGAAGGGAAUCCUGAGUGGACUGGAAAAAUUCACCCAGUACACUAUAGCUGUGGUGGCCUACAAUGGCGCCGGAGACAGUCCAAGGUCUGAUACCAAACUUAUCAAGACCGAGGAAGGAGUUCCAGACGCGCCUCGUUCGUUCACAGUCUCCGAAGUCUACGCGGACGCUUUGAGAGUGAGCUGGGACCCACCUCUGCGACUGAACGGUAUUCUUACGGCGUAUUUGGUGAAACACUGGCGAAAUAAUACACUCUCAAGCAGCGGUCAAACGACGCGGGUCUCAAACGAAACCUUAUCACACACGGUGACAGGAUUGGGAGCCAACACUGCGUACGUUGUCGAGGUGUCCGCUGAGACUCGAGUGGGCGCAAGUACAAGUAAACAAUUGGUGGCGAAAACUACGGCAUCCCCCGUCAAACCCGGUGUUCCACAAAACCUAAAGAUCGUAGAAGCGAAGGCCCGUUCGGUGGUGUUGGAUUUUACCCCUGGAUCAUCUGGCAGAGCCCCUAUACUGACCUACACCAUACAGUACAACAACGACACCUACUAUGAUCCAGCAUCCUCAAGCUGGAAAACACUGACGAUUGUUCGUGACGCUCACCUCGUAUGGAACUUGCUUCCCCUCGAACUACCACAUCUCAAACCUUACAGAGACUACAGGUUCCGAGUCAUUGCCACAAACAAAGUGGGAAGCAGCAGCCCGAGUUCCCCAACGGAUACAGUCAGAACGCUGGAAACUGCACCCUCUCUCCCCCCAAGCAAUUUGACUUUGCUUCCGCUCGGGAAAGAUGGACUGGAGCUGAGAUGGAAGAUUCCACCCCAAGACACUUGGAAUAGUGACUUUAUAGGAUUCAUACUACGCUUUGAACCAGAAGGAGCUCCCAGUUUCGCGUUUGAGAAUAGAUUUCCAAGCAGUCAGUUAAAUUACUACAGAGCCGGAGGCCUUUUGAGAUACAAACGGUACAAGGUCUCCGUGAGGUCCUACAAUCUAAAUGGAAAAGGAGCCAGCAAUGGCAGUGCAGUAGCCUGGGCCUGGACGCAAGAAGACGCUCCGUCCUUAGCGCCAACGGGUCUUACUCCCUUAGUAACAGGCGCCACAUCUGUUAGACUCACAUGGGGACAAGUAUCUGAUGUGGGACGAAAUGGUGUAAUCCUUGGAUACAAGAUAUACUACCGUAUCUAUGGGAAACAGAACACGGAGAAAGAGAAGGAGGUCAUUAACGGUCUCGUCCUCUCUUCCUCUCUGACGGGACUGGAAAGCUUUGUCACUUAUGAAUUCCAAAUCCUUGCGUACACCAGAAUUGGGAAUGGACCAAGAAGCGCUGCAGUCAGAGCCACCACUUUAUCGUCCAGUCCAGGUCCCCCUUCUCGUGUCCGUUUUACAUCCGUUGCUAGAGAGACCGUGACGAUAGCCUGGGACCCACCAGUGUACCCGCGCGGCGUGAUUCAAGGAUACAAGGCGGCAUGUCGUCUAAAUACGUCAUCCUCAUCUGACCCUUAUGUGUGGCAAAGCACUAUGGGAAGAACCGAUCGACAGAGGACCGCUGGCCCGUUGAACCCACAAUCGUUUUAUCGCUUUUUCCUUUGGGCUCUGACUAACACAAGUCAAAGCGAAUAUCCAGCCGAAGCAGUUGUUUAUACUGGAGGUUCAACAGAACCUCCUGAUGCACCAUACAUUUUGCCGAUCUAUUUCUCGGACAUCGGCGAACGAUCGAUAAUCGUAAAGUGGCAAGCCACAGCAGAUGCAAAGAGCCCCUUGCGAUACUUCACCCUGCAACUGAACAAGAAUGGCGAGGGCUGGCAGGUGUACUCGGCAAACGUCCUCCACAAUCUCCGGAACCUUAAAGUGGAGGGACUUUUUCCUGGGGAGUCGUACACGUUCAGAAUUAUGGCCACAAACGACAAGGGAAACAGUCCUUACAGUGCGGCGUCCUCGACUGUUACGACUCGUCUUGCAUUGCCGACUGGGGCUCCACGUAACAUCACAGUAACGUCAUAUCCCACGUCACUUGACAUUAAAUGGGCGGCUCCACUUCCACAAGAGCUGGGUGGAACUCUACAGGGGUUCAUUUUAAAACACAGAGAAAAGAGUGCCGACAGCAGUUCCGAGUCGUUCAGCGAAGUUUCCUUGAAUGCCAACUCUCGUAGCCAUAAAUUGGAACGCUUGAAAGUGUUCACCGUCUACGAGAUCAAAGUAGCGGCUAAGAACGAGAAGGGACCUGGACCCUAUUCCCCUCUUUACAGAGUUACAACCGGAGAGGAGCCUCCUUCGGAAGCUCCCAAGGAGUUAUCAAAGGGUACGGUGACAAGAACGUCCAUUGGAAUCAGAUGGUCUGCACCCUCUCAAGCUUCUUUUAAUGGACAUCUUAUGGGAUACAAGGUUUAUGUACAAGAUCUCUCUUUGACUCAAAAGCGCCGCAGGCGGAGACGAUCCUUGGAGCCUGAAGUAUGUCCACGAGAGCCUGGACCCAAGCUGCUGUUCGUCCCUCCUCACCAGAAUAGCGCCAACAUAACUAACCUUCGAAAAUUUGUUACGUAUAGAAUCUGGGUACGUGCGUACAAUUCCAAAGGAGAGAGUCCGCCAAGUGCAUCACUGGAGGUCACAACCCAUCAAGACAGACCCGAACCCCCAGCCAUUUUCCGUGCCGACGCGGUUUACAAUGCCCGCGUAGACCUGUACUGGAAACCACCUUGUGAACCGAACGGGGAAAUUCUUGAGUACGAGAUCAGCUACGGCAGGACAGCGGAAUUGACCCCCAACAGCAAAAGGGAGAAGAUAGUCGUUGACGGUGGAAAAGAAACAAUGAAAGUGACCGGACUAGCGAUGUUGACGAGUUACUCAUUUCAGAUCAGAGCGAGAAAUUCCUUGGGUUACGGACCGCCAAAUGAGUUCCUUGCACAAACAAAGGGGCCUGCCGUACUGCCAGGAAAACCUGGGAAACCUGUGGUACAUCCCGGCUCCAUUACUGCUGUUAUUAUGUGGGUGAAUGGGGACAGCGGUAAUGUUCCUUUCGAAAAGUUUGAGAUCCAGUCCCAGACGGAUGGAUCUGAAACUUUUGUUACCAAUUGGGAAGCGAAUCCUGACGAUACAAGAAAAAACCGAUCGUAUGUGUACUACACUGUUGGAAAUCUGAAGCCUAACACUGGAUACAGGUUUAGAAUAAUCGCAUGGAACGAGAAGGGCAAAUCGGAGCCAUCUGACGCCUCAGACAAAAUCUUUACAGGUCCAGCUGACAGCGAUAUUCAGAGCGGAAUCUUCUACAAACAGUGGUGGUUUAUUCUACUAAUGGUUCUGUUUUUCCUCAUUCUCGUUUUGUUGAUCGCUGGUUUCGUAUACCUCUGCUAUCGACGCAGAAAGGAAGUAGCAGAUCAAGGCUCCUCUGCUGGGGCUUCUACAACGCAGAGCACACUUGAAAUGAUGAGGAACUCUUCGCGAAACGGAACCAUUCGAAGUGGAACUCUUCCAAGCGUUCAAAUUACUUACCGGGACGCUGAUCGUGAGCCGGAAGAAGAUGCGAGUAGCUUGGGGUCUAAAGAAGAGCUGUCGGACAGUGACAGUGGAGUGUCCGAGAUGACAUACAAAAGGAAACAAGCUGACACUAAAUUCAUCAACCACUACUCCAACAAUCCUAACCACCAGCAAUGGAGAAACUCGCUCGGCCGAACAAGGCCAGCAGCUGGCCGAAACUUAAUCGAGCACACAACGGAAGAAUCCGACGCACCCGAGGAAGUUCCGAUCUCUAGAACUCUCAAGUCCUUCUCUGCAAUGUCUCUACCUAGGGAUCAACGAGAUGGGCCUCCGGCAUAUGAUAAUCGCAGAUACAUGGCGAAAUCCGCUGAUCAGUUAGACCGAAUUGAACGAUCUCAACUACCUCCUGAGGCUGUGACGUCAUUCAUGUCACCGGAUUACGAACAGAAACAGAAGAGACCGACUAAUCGCGAUCGUAAGGAACCCUCUUCGCGUCCGCGGGCCACGAGAACCGCGGGCUCAAUGAGGAGGUCACGUAAUCGGAUUGAUUAUAACGGUGAUAGCAGUACACCACCUCAAUCACCUACUCGUUCAAAUACUGGAAUGAGUUACCCACCGAAGGUGGAAAUUCAGAAUCGUAACAGAAGAGACCCAAGGUCGAGCAGUUUCCGAAGAGCCCUCGAAUUUGACCCGAAUCCUCGGGAUUCCGACGGUAGCUCAAAAUACUCCGAUCGAGCGUCGUCCAGUAGCAACGACCACCGGGAUACAAGGACAAUUGCGAACUCGAUGGGUCCGCCCAGAAUUCAAUAUGAAGAAGAACCUGGUCGCAGGAAGUGGCAACCACAACAGUUGCCCAACCUUCAAAUAAAAUCUGCUAAUAAACCAACGCGGUACCACUCCCCGCCUUCUCCGUUAUCGCCAGUUUCUCCAGUUCCCUCUUACCACACUGUAGACCCAGUGUUCGGGGGCAGAAUUUCUCCAGUACCGUCCUACCACAGUUCAAGUCGAGACGGUAACAGCGAUCAAUCGGACGGCGGGAGGAUUCCUGCCCCAGUUUUAUAUAUGGACAGAACUGGUCACAACAACGAGAACUUUGAAUCAAGUGAACCUCACAUUUCAUCUUACUCCUCGUUCGUCUAGCUUCUUGUCAUAACAUUAAUUUAUAGCCAGAUAAUCCAUUGAAUGAGAGGCAUACGUUCUUCGAAGUCUGAACUACGUCUCUUUAUCAUCCAAUUUCUUCUAAGAUCUUCAACCAUGUCAUUGAGUUAGAGGUAACAUAUUCUCGUUAAGGGAGAUGAAAUCUCAUGCAUACCCAACAGACGUAUGUGAAAUAGUUGUACAGUUGUACUUAUAGGUAAAAACUGUCAUAAGGAGACAGUUUUAAGUGUAAUUGGCGUUUCUUCGCCCUAUUUUUGUACGGUAACAGUUUUAUAUCUUAUUUUAAAUCAUUUUUCUGCGUGUAAAAAGCAGUAGUGUAAAUUGAUAAAGGCUGAUAGUUGUGUAAAUUGUUUAUCUCUGAACAGUAUUUUUAUAUAACGUGUAGUAUUUAUAGUGUUGUAAAUGUCGUAUUUUUUUUAAUACUUCCAUGUCUUAACGACUCCUAGCCCUGUUUUUGUAAAUAUCGUUUGAGUUCAUCAGUUGAACGAUUCAACUGUUAUAAACAAUGACUUUUCUCGGUUAGAUUGCUCUCAUGGUUAUGGCGAACUAGAGCACGGACGACUUUGCACAUUAGUGAAGCAAAGAUCCAUGAGAUAAAAACUCACCUUUCAGUUUAAGGAAAGUUAAUGAUCAACGUUUGAUUAUCGUGAAAGUUAAGACUGAAGCGAACAGACGAUUUUAAACAUGGGGUUGUUUACAUCGAUUAUUUGCGAAUCUGUGCCAUAGCGCUUUGGUGAUUUUGAGAGACUAAAAGAAUUAUAGUUAUCUUAAUUCCAGAUGUUUUCUUUUUUACGCUUUAUGUUUGUUACACAGGUCUCAUGGAUGUUGUAGAACAUUUAGGUUCAAUCAAAGAUGCUCUACAAAGUUAAAUUUCUUAUUAGAUGAUAAUUGGACAACAAGCCAAUAAACAGAAAAUCAGGAGAAAAGUGGCUGAUGAAAUAUUUUGUGGUUCUUGCAUUUUUUCUUUGAGAGAAAGCACAUUUUGAAUUUAACCUUUCAAGGUUUUCACCAUGCUAGUCAAGAAUUUAGUUUGAGGUAUAAUCUGUAAAUGUCUUUCGUUCUUUUCCAGCUCCGUAGUUUGAUCUCUGAUGAUCGCGGGAUAGUAAAUAGAUAUGCUGUUGAUUUAAUUUUGAUGCGAUGCGUUGAAUUGUUUUGCUAAUUUGAUUUAUAGUAAUAUUUACUGAAUAAUUUUUAGAAUCACGAUUGUUGCUAUUGUAGAAAAUAGAUAUUACGCAAGUAGCUGUAAAUGAAUUGCGAUCAAGUAUAGCACCACUGAAUAUAGAUUGAAAACAUUUUGUAAA